CCCGGAGUGCAGGCGGUGUCAGAUGACGUUACCCGGGGCCCUGUCAGGAAGUUCUUCCCGCUGCCGCCCGUGGAGCGCACUGCGCAUGCUCCUUGCCACCAUUUUGCCGUUGAGUGUUGUGUCGGGGGCUCGUUCACCGGGGCGGGGGAGGCUAAGGAAUCCGGGCCCGGGAGAGAGCAGCUAAGCGUCAUUGCAGCCAGGCCAGCGCCACGUCCACCGACAGGCCGGGGAGAGCGGAGCAGACAUGGCCAACAUCGCCGCACAGAGAAUCAAGAGGGAGUUCAAAGAGGUGCUGAAGAGCGAGGAGACUAGCAAAAACCAAAUCAAAGUAGACCUAGUAGAUGAGAACUUCUCUGAACUGAGAGGGGAAAUUGCUGGCCCUCCUGAUACUCCAUAUGAAGGUGGGCGAUACCAGCUAGAAAUCAAAAUACCUGAAACCUACCCCUUUAAUCCCCCUAAGGUGCGGUUUAUAACCAAAAUCUGGCAUCCGAAUAUUAGUUCAGUAACCGGAGCUAUAUGUUUGGACAUUUUGAAAGACCAGUGGGCGGCAGCCAUGACGUUACGAACAGUGUUGUUAUCAUUGCAAGCUUUGUUGGCUGCAGCCGAACCAGAUGACCCACAGGACGCAGUGGUUGCCAAUCAGUACAAGCAAAAUCCAGACAUGUUUAAACAGACAGCUCGACUUUGGGCACAUGUAUAUGCCGGAGCACCUGUCACUAGUCCAGAAUACACAAGAAAAAUAGAAAACCUUUGUGCUAUGGGUUUUGAUAAAAACGCAGUAAUAGCAGCUUUGUCAUCAAAAGCAUGGGACGUAGAAACUGCAACAGAAUUACUCCUGAGUAACUGAAAGAGGUCGCCUGAACCCCGCUCGCCCCUUCCUGAACAGCACGCCAUCUGUAAUUUUUAGGAUUCUGCAUCAAAGAAAAAUCCACAACACAAAAGCGGCACUCCUGCGUGACAAUGCUAUUUAAACCGUUCUGGAGACUGAUGGGGAAAAGAAACUGCUCUGUAAAUAAGGCAAAUUAAACGUGUAAAUUAAACAACAACCAAACAGAGGGGAGGUGGGGGGUGAGCAUCCUUCUUUUUUUUUCUUUUCUUUUUUUUUUUUUUUUCCUUUAAUAUU